UGCCGGGACAAAAACACUGCAUUCCCUCUAAAACACCAGGGGUUAAUUAUGCCAAAGACACGCUUUUAACACUCGUUACUGACAACUGCCGAAAGGUCUUUGCGAACUCUGGCAGCAUGGCGCAGCGCUACAGUGGGUUAGAUAGAUUUGUCUUCUGAGGGUGUAACACGGAUUUUUUGUUCAGCUGUUUGGAUUUGGAUUUUUUCCCCAGAAAGCGAACGCGACGCUUUAAAGCGCACAUUACAAGGAAGAAAAUGUUAUGAAGGAUUUUUAAAUAACUGAAAAAGUUAUUAUUCUGAACAUUUCUCUGACUGCCUAAUAAUGCAUCUGAACAUCUGUACAGUACUAUUUAUUAUAAUUAACGGAAAUGUGGUAUUAUCUCACCAAGGAAGGAAUCUACAGCCUUAUAUGCCAAAUGUGUGUAUGGAGCGUGAAGUGAUGCUAGUGGCCCAGAGGCAGCCCUGUGUCCAAGCCUUCACACGAAUGGUCAAGGUGUGGAAACAGGGCUGUGCUGGACAGAGCCGCUGUCUGGGCUAUGAAAGGAGGACUGCCUAUUACACGGCUUACAGGCAGGUGUACAGACAGGACUACCAGACUGUAUAUAAGUGCUGCCCAGGCUGGUCUCAGCUGAAUGGGGAGGCGGGCUGUCUGUACCCGGUCUGCAGCUAUGGUGUGUGUUUCAAUGGAGGACAAUGUGGACAAAGCUCCUCCCAGCUCUGCGACUGCCCUCCUGGCUUCAAUGGGCCCAGCUGCCAGUACGAUGUGAACGAGUGCGAGGAGACUAACGGAGGCUGUGAGGCUCUGUGCUGCAACACCAUUGGCAGCUUCUACUGCAAAUGCCCCAGUGGCCAGGAGCUGAAGGAGGAUGGCAAGACAUGUCAGGAUGUUGACGAAUGCCAGGUCCACAAUGGAGGCUGCCAGCACACGUGUGUGAACACCAGGGGCUCAUACCGCUGCGAGUGCAACGCGGGGUCACGGCUGCAUGUCGACGCCCGCACCUGCAUCGCGGUGCACUCCUGCGCGGUCAGUAACGGGGGCUGUGAGCACGUGUGUGUUCAGCUGACCCCUGCACAGUUCCAGUGCCGCUGCAGACAUAACUACGAGCUGGCCCAGGACAGCAAGCACUGCACACUGCGCAGUGUGUGCGAAGAGCAGAAUGGAGGCUGCAUGCACCGCUGUCAGAACGAGGGGGGGCGGGUUCACUGCGACUGCCACCCUGGGUACAGGCUGGCUGCGGAUGGCAAGGCCUGCGAAGACAUUGAUGAGUGCCAAACAGGAGAGGCAUCCUGUGCCCAUGGCUGCCGCAACACUCGCGGCUCCUUCAUUUGCACCUGCGACCACGCCUACGAGCUGGGUGCGGAUGGCAAGCAGUGCUACAGGAUCGAGAUGGAGAUCGUUAACAGCUGUGAGGCUGAGAACGGUGGCUGCUCUCACCACUGCCAGCACUCCACCAACGGGCCUGUCUGCAGCUGUAACCACGGCUACCAGCUGGGAGACGACUUGCGGACAUGCGUGGAUGUGGACGAGUGUGGAGCGGGGAAUUCUUGUUGCGAGCAAGACUGUACCAACUACCCAGGGGGGUACGAGUGUUACUGCAGGGCAGGAUAUCGCCUCAAUAAAUCUGGCUGUGGCUGUGAUGACGUGGACGAGUGUCUCUCGGAGAACGGGGGGUGUGAGCACACCUGCCAGAACAGCGCCGGGUCCUUCCAGUGCUCCUGCCACCGGGCCCACCGCCUGGACGAGGACCGGCGCUCCUGUCACCCACUGGAGGGGGCAGUAGAGGCCCUGGGCAGUGCCAUGGAGGAGCCGGACAGGCCCCGGCUUCAGCUGACCCUGCUGCAGGACUCCAGCCAUGGCCCCGGGCGCUAUGGCGACUAUGAGGAGGAGCCAGUGAAGCUAGGAGAUCUGCGAGCAGAGAGCAGCCUGGCAGAGAAGUUUGUUUGUCUAAACCACACCUUUGGCCAUGACUGCAGCCUGACCUGUGAAGACUGCUCCAAUGGGGGGAGGUGCACUGAGGGGCGAAAUGGCUGUGACUGUCCCAAUGGCUGGACUGGAGUCAUCUGCAACCAGACCUGUCCCGAGGGGACUUUUGGCAGGAACUGCUCCUCGUCCUGCCUGUGUAAGAACGGCGCCCCCUGUGACCCAGUGACGGGGAUCUGCCGGUGCCCACCGGGAGUGAGCGGAGACCUAUGCCAGGACGGCUGUCCCAAAGGCCUGUACGGGAAACAGUGCAACAAGAAGUGCAGCUGCGCCAACAACGGGCGCUGCCACCGCACCUACGGCGCCUGCCUGUGCGACCCGGGGCUCUACGGGCGCUUCUGCCACCUGCAGUGCCCUAAGUGGGCGUUUGGGCCCGGCUGUUCGGAGGAGUGCCAGUGUUUCCAGCAGAACACCCUGGAGUGCCACCGUAGCCAUGGCACCUGCAUCUGCAAGCCUGGUUACCGUGGAGAGACAUGCAAGGAAGAAUGCAGUGUGGGAUUCUACGGGCUGGGCUGCAAACACAAGUGCAAGUGUCCGUCGGGCGUGGUGUGCAAUCAUGUGACCGGAGACUGCCAGCGUCGGUGCCCGGCUGGCCGGAGAGGGGAAGACUGUGAUGAAGACUGCCCGGAGGGGAGCUUUGGGGAGGGGUGCACCCACUCCUGUGACUGUUCGGGGUCACUGUGUGACAAGGUGACCGGCCAGUGCCAGUGCCCUGCAGGGACCACCGGGGAGCGCUGUGAGAAAGUAUGUUCAGAUGGUUAUUGGGGGCAGGGCUGUAAGGAGCUGUGCCCAGCCUGUGAGAAUGGAGGAGUGUGUGACAAACAGAACGGCACGUGCCACUGCCCUCCUGGCUACAUGGGCAGGCUGUGCCAGAACGUGUGCCCGGCCGGGCGGUUUGGCCUGGGAUGCCAGCUGAGGUGUGUUUGCGAGGGCAGCGGGCGGUGCCAUCCUGUCAGCGGGCGCUGUACCUGUGGCCCUGGCUGGACCGGGCACAACUGCAGGAGAGCGUGUGACGCCGGUCGCUGGGGGCUGGGCUGCGCCAGCGCCUGUGACUGCAGGACCGGUGACGGGGGUUGUGACGCGGUGACGGGACAGUGCCUCUGUGAGCCCGGCUUCAGCGGGACCCGCUGCCAUCAGAAGUGCCCGCCGGGCUCCUUCGGAUCGGGCUGUCGGCACAGAUGUCAGUGUGACAACCAGGCAGCGUGUGACCAUGUGAGCGGCGCCUGCACCUGUCUGGCAGGCUGGACCGGAACUUUCUGUGAGAAACCCUGUCCGCAGGGCUUUUUUGGCCUGGAGUGCCGGGAGAAGUGUUUGUGUCUGAACGGAGGGCGCUGUGAUCACCUGACAGGGGCGUGUCUCUGCCCCGCUGGCUGGGUCGGCCCACAAUGCAACCUGACAUGCCCGACUGGUUACUAUGGUGACGGCUGUAACCAGACCUGCACUUGCCACAACAAUGCCAGCUGUCACCCGGUGAGCGGGCGGUGCCAGUGUGUACCCGGGUGGACUGGAUCAGGCUGCCAACAAGCAUGCUCGGUGGGGUUUUAUGGGUCGGACUGCAGCCAGCGCUGUUCGUGCCAGAACGGGGGCGCGUGUGACCGGGCGAGCGGGCGCUGUGCCUGUCCUGACGGGUGGACCGGGGCGGGCUGUGAGCUGGAGUGUGCUGAGGGCCAGUUUGGGCCGGGCUGUAAGAGGAGGUGCGCGUGUGAGAACGGGGGACAGUGCGAUCGGCGGAGCGGCCGCUGCUCCUGCCGUCCCGGCUGGGUCGGGGGCCGCUGCCAGACAGCGUGCGAGGCGGGGAGGUUCGGCGCGGGGUGCGGAGAACGCUGCCAGUGCGACCGCGGCGCCCUCUGUCACCACGUCACCGGAGCCUGCGUGUGUCCUCCCGGCUGGAGGGGAGCGGCGUGCGACAGAGCCUGUCUGCCCGGCACGUUCGGGGAGGGCUGUGCGCAGCGCUGCUCUUGUCCCCAGGGCACUUCCUGUCACCACGUGUCUGGAGAGUGUGGCUGUCCCCCGGGGUUCACGGGCAACGGCUGUGAGCAGACUUGUCUGCCUGGCACCUAUGGACUCAACUGUAACCAGGUCUGCCAGUGCUCAGAAGCUAACCAGCGCUGCCACCCGGUGACGGGGCUCUGCUACUGCGCCCCUGGCUACCAUGGGCCCGACUGCCGACUUGAAUGUGAGGAGGGCCGUUACGGGCCAAACUGUGAGCGUCAGUGCCAGUGUCUGAAUGGGGCAGUGUGCCAGCGUACCACAGGAGCCUGCGAGUGCCCACCUGGGUACAUAGGAGCCCACUGCAACACGACAUGCCCGGCUGGCCGCUACGGACAGGACUGUGCCCGGGUGGCGCUUUGCGCUAGGGGGGCGAGGAACGACCACGUCACUGGCAGGUGUGUGUGCGGCCCUGGACGCAGAGGAGAGCACUGUGAACAAGGCUGUGCUGCGGGCUGGUUCGGACAGGACUGCGCUGAGCGCUGUAACUGCAGUAAUGGGGGGCCGUGUGACUCCAUCUCUGGGGUCUGCAUCUGCGGUCUGGGCUGGACUGGACCUCACUGUGAGAGCACGUGCCCACCGGGGCGAUACGGACCGCACUGUCAGCACCAGUGCGACUGUCAGAACAACGCGACAUGCGACAGAGCGACGGGGGCGUGCCAGUGCGGCUCGGGCUACUACGGACAUCGCUGUGAACACGCGUGCCCCCCUGGUUUUUUCGGCUCUGGCUGCCAGCUGCACUGUGACUGCAGGAGUGGGGUCCCCUGCCACCCAAGUUCAGGCCACUGCAUCUGCCCUGCAGGAUACCAGGGUCCUCGCUGUGAGAGAGGGUGUGAAAAGGGCCGGUUUGGGGAGGGCUGUGCCAGGUCAUGUGACUGUGAUGGAGAUGCCCCAUGUGACCCUUUGAGUGGCAGGUGCCUGUGUCCCCCAGGGAAGACUGGAGCCAGGUGUGAUAUAGAUUGCAGGGUGAGUCAGUACGGACCCAACUGCACUUACAGCUGUGCGUGUGAGAACAGAGCGCAGUGUGACCCGCGGAAUGGCCGCUGCACCUGCCUUCAGGACUGGAUAGGGCUCACCUGUCAGGAAGGGGGGCCCCCACGCCAGCCUGAAGGAAGUAGGAGGUCGGACAGAUCGCAUCGAGGCAACACUGUGUAGCGCACCCUGCUGGCCAGCCAUAAUUGACCUCUCUGGCCUUUCACUCUUACAGGGGCACAGAUUAUAGGCUAAACUGAGCCAGAGAGCUGAAUUACGUUAAACAGACAUUUUUUAAAUACAGAAGUCAGACUGCACUCUGGAAACCUGACGCUGGACUGAAGUUGUUGUCAGGCAGUGUGUGUGGGAACAAGGCAGCCUCUACAGACCUGGGAAGAUCUUGUGCAUCUCAGUGAGAAGACCCAAGACAUAAUCUGUGACAUACAUACCAUUUGACUACAGUUCCAAUGCGCACACACCCACACACGCACAGGUAGACAAACAUACAGUGAGCUCCAUACUGUUUGGGACAAAGAGUUUUUUUUUUUUCUUUCUUCAUUUGGCUCUGAACCCCACAAUUUGUGAUAUGUAGUUUAUUAACAAUUCACGUGUGGUUUAAGAGCACAUUCUCAGAUUUUAUUAAAGGGAAUCUUGGUUUCACCAUGUAGAAAUUACCACACUUUUUAUACAUAGUCCCCCCAUUUUAGGGCACCAUAAUGUUUGAGACAAAUGGCUUCACAGGUGUGUCUGAUAAGUCAAGUGUGGUCAAUUGCAUCCUUAGUGCAGGGCUAGGUAUAAAAGUUCUGCAAUUUCCUCAUGGUGAAACCAAAGUGUAUAAAAUACCCUUAAAUAAAAGCUGAGGAUGUGCACUUUAACCACAAGGAAUGUAAAUGGUUUGAUUACAAAUCUAAAAUUGUGGAGUACAGAGCUAAAUCAAGAAAUAAAUAUGUCUCUGUUCCAGAUAUUAUGGAGCUCACUGUAUAUGCACUCACCAUCCCCUUGGUGGUGGAGAUUAAGUGACAGUCAUGGGUCCAGUGGCCAGGUCCCCAGUAUUAUUUUGUGGAUCAUGAGACCCCACUCCCUGCUGGCAGGGGUCAAGGGUCAGAGUUCAGGGGAAAAUGAGAAUGAAUAGCGCCUUUUAUUGCAGAUUUCUCUUGGACUGUGUGGAUGUUUACAGCAUAACGAAGAGUGUGUGCAAGAGGAAAUGGGUUUAAAGAAGAACAUUUCAAAGGAGUGAAAUAUUCAGUGUAUUGUUUUCGUGGAAAACCCAUUGUAUACCUCUCUCUUACUGCAAUUCUGUGGCACUAUUUCAAUCAUACUUGAUCACCAUUCUGAUAUCAGUGACUGCAGUACAGAUUUAUAAUUUGCUGAAUAUUUCCUCAUUGGCAUCUUAAUUGAAGUAUGGAUUAGUAUAGUAUUCAGUAUAUUUAUUAAUGUACAUACUGUAUGAAAAGUAUGUAUGAAUGCUUAAAUCACUGGUAUUGCAUACGCAUCAAUUCUGAAAGCAAUUCAGGCAAAUAAUAAUGGAUAUAAUACAGAAGAACAGGAUACCUCAGUCAGUCAUUUGCGGUCUGUGGUCAGUGCAUGUUACACAGUUUAGUCAGAUGUGCUUCACUGAUCGUAUGCCCCAAACUGCCAAACCAUUAAAUGACAUACAGCACAGCCUGUCUCAUACCAACUCCCUGUGCUUUGGUCCAUCCCUUUUCCUCUGGCUCCAGUGAAAAGCAUGCCUCAUGAGGAACAAGUUAAUUGUGGUGCUGAAUAGUAUGUGUUAGGGACUGCAGUUGCAACCUCUGCCAAUCAGGCUUGUAUUCAACUGACAUUAAGCUUGUGUUCAAUUAAUUUGAUUCAAAAUUAAAUGCAAGUGUUAGUCAUUAACUUGCCAAGCAGUGCAUGGGGUAAAAAAAAACUUUAAAAAAAAAAAAAACCUUUAGUUAUGGGUCACAGUUGAGAGGAAAUUCUCAUUGAAUCCAGUGUGUGUCUAGAUUCAAUCAGCUAGAAAUCCGCUUAGAAAAAGAAACAAGUACAGUAAUAGAAUGCAUCAGACAUACCCCAGUUGUAAUUUGAGUUAAUUUUAAUGAACAAAAAUAAUUAUUUUAUAUCUAUCUGAAAGUUUUCAUUAUUGUCAAGCACUGAACCGGCUCAGUUAAGCUAUUAACACUUCUGGACUGUGGCCAUCCAAGACCAAUGCUGGGAAGUAGCAAGUAUAAAGUAUUUUGUAUUGACUUCAAUUUGUAUGCACUAAUUAAUUUACAAUAUAAUUAACUCACGCAUAAACUGCUGGAUUAUCCUAAAUCCUAAUUUAAAUGUUAAUGUACUUUUAUCAAGAUCGUCAGCCUGGCGAAGUGCCAAUUUUGUUUUGUUAGUGUUUAAGCUCUUGGUCAAAAAAUGCUCUGAUUCACCUCGUACUGCAUCAACCGACAAUCUUUUGCAUAUUCAUUGCGUUUCGUGUUGACAAAUUUGUUUAAACAUUGUCGUUGGUAAAUGAAAUUUGUUUUUUUGCUUCAUGUUCACGUUAUGCCCAUUUUUAUUUAGGAAAAAAAUUCAUAUUGUAAAUCAAACAUUACGAUGAUAAAUAGGCCUUCUCAACAGUUUUCUGAAUUAAAUUUUUUAAAUAUACACAUGUUGAAACAGCGUCAGCUGCCGUGAUGGUCUCCCCUCUAAUCCCAGUGUAGCCGUUAUGUGGGAGUUUACUGUACCCCCCCCCCCCCGCCCGCUACGGUGUGCGCGUGUACCUGUCCUGACUUGGUCCAGGAUCUUGGUGGCUGCGGUGGCCUGCGCAUUACACGCAUGAGCCCUUUUCUCAGCGGCCUGCUGCUGCGCCUGCAGGUCCCGCAUCAGGGCGUGGCGCUCCAUCUCCCGCCGCUGCCGGCCCUCACACAGCUGCUCAGUGUCCUGCUGGAUCUGAGUCAGUCCAGAGCAGCCCACCUGAUACCUGACACACUCAAACACACUCACCUACAGCCAGACACCUUACACACUCUCUCAAAAACACACUCACCUACAGCCAGACACCUUACACACUCACUCAAAAACACACUCACCUACAGCCAGACACCUUACACACUCACUCAAAAACACACUCACCUACAGCCAGACACCUUACACACUCACUCAAAAACACACUCACCUACAGCCAGACACCUUACACACUCUCUCAAAAACACACUCACCUACAGCCAGACACCUUACACACUCUCUCAAAAACACACUCACCUACAGCCAGACACCUUGCACACUCACACUCAAACACACUCAACUACAGCCAGACACCUUAUACACUCACACUCAAAAACACUCACCUAUAGCCAGACGCCUUACACACUCAUACUCAUGAGUAAAAGCAUGGGAUACCUUAUGUAGCAAACUCAUCCCAGUGAAUACUCUAGACAGCAAGCUCACAUAUAUUGGUUAAACUUCUCACUGUUUUAGGUAAGUUCACAGCAGAAUUCCACUUAACAUAAACCCAACACCAAAAACUGAUAGAAUCCAGAUAACAAGCAUAAAUUGUCCCAGUUUUGGCCAUAUGUAAGCGGUUGGCAGUAAGGUUGCUAAUGUGUUAUGUAAAUGACUACAUUUAUGUAAAUGUGGCUUUUUAAUUGUGUAUGCCAAUUAAAAUUCGUAACGAUG